CAAUGGCUCUCUCUGUUUUUUGUUUUGUUUUGUUUUUUUGCCAAAGUGAUUUUUGGAAUACAUUCACGCAUGAGUGUGUAGGAGUCCAUUACCGGUUGGAAAUGGAGUAAAAAUAGCAUCGCGGCAUACUGAGGGGUGCGCGUGGCAGCAGGAGACUCCACUGCCGCGACCCUACUUUCUACUUUCACUUCGGGUGUAGCUAUGCGUUCGGCCGUAGUAGUUACAGGGUUUGGACCUUUUGGAAGCCACUUGGUAAAUCUCAGCUGGACUGUUGCUCAGACCCUGAAGGAAGAGGGCCUGGAGGAGGACGACAUUGACAUUUAUAUUAAAGAAAUUCCAGUGAGCUAUUGCAGGGCUAAGGAGAUCUUGGGGGGGAUCUGGGAGGAAGUUCAGCCAGAGUUUGCGGUUCAUUUAGGGAUACACGCGGGUGCCAAAGCCAUUACUCUGGAGCAGACGGGGAAGAAUCGAGGCUAUGAGCACACGGACAUCUGUGGCCAGUGCCCCUCCGGACACUGCUGUGUGGAGGGAGGGAUGGACAAACUGGACUCCAUCAUAAACAUGAACGCACUCACCAAGAAGCUGAGAGCCGAGGGGGUGGACGUCAUCUACUCAAAGGAUGCUGGGAGGUACCUGUGUGACUUUGCCUACUACUACUCCCUCCACUGUGGGAAGCGGAGGGCUGCCUUCAUCCACCUGCCCACCAAAGGUCCCCAGGCCACCCCGGAGAAGCUCGUAGCCCAGCUGCGCAUCAUCAUCCUGCGCAUGCUGAGGGAGGCAAGGGGCCUGUCAGACGGCGACAUCCAGGUCUCCUCCUCCUCCUCCUCAGCAGAUCGAUCGGCACCCCAGGAGCGCGCUCAGCAGAUAAUACAGCCCGUCCAAUGUCCAACACUGUGACAGAUGAAAGGCUGCAUUAUAACAGCUUGCCACACUGACCGCUGAGAGCCAGGGCUGUGUAACAGUGUCAGGUCAGGAGGGGAGGAGGUCAGAAAUACGCUGGAAUUGUGGUAGGUGAAGGGGGGUUGCCAUUUUGAUCUGGUUCUACAGUACAUGUGUCCUCAGCAGAUAAUAUAGCCUUUUCGAAACCCACCACUGUUACAGCUGAGAGCCAAUAAUUAAAGUAGCCUCAUCCCAACAGGGCAGGAGGAGAGAAGAUCGGAAAUACACUAGAAUACUGGUAGCUGCACCACAUAGAUUUAAUACACUAGAAUAUUGGUACAGCGUAGGUGCACCACAUAGAUUUAGAUUCUGGUUCAGCCUUUUGGCAUGGUAUGGAGUUCACUAUGUUUUUCACACUAUCAGCAAAGAGGCUAUUUCAUGGCAGUAAUGGCUGCCUUCACUCAGGAACUGCAUCUCCUUAAUGACAUAGACAGCCAAAGAGCACUGUACACAUACGUAUACUGUGUGUGAGAGCUUAGAUUUUAUCUCUGCUGUGAUAUUUGUAAUGCUAAACGCAUGCACUAAAUGUAUGCAUGAUCAAAAUAUGUAGAUUUUUUAUAGAUGAUUUAUGAUUUUGACUUGUGAUUUACAGGGGUUAU